AUGCAAAUUGAUUUUUGUAAUGGAAAAAGUUACGACAUACUUGCUCCCCUCCUCUGUGAGUCAACAAAACCAUUGGAAAAAUCCCUAUUUUUUUGUAAAAACACCCUCCACAAGCGAGCAAAAAUUUUUUAUAAAAAAUUAUUUUGAUAAAUCAGCUAUAACCAUUAUUAUGCUGAAUUUUCAACUGGAAUUUUUUUAAAUUUCGAAAAAAAAAAAAACUAUAAUAUUUUAUAUAAAUUUUUAAAACAAAAAUUUAACACCUUCGUAAGUGAAUAAAUUUUUUUUAUUUGCUAGCCGAGGGAGGAGAGGUUAAUGAUUAUUUGCGAAAUACCUUUUUGUAUCCAAGAACCAAAGCUCGAAAUAAGGAAAAUACUAUUUAUCAGCAUUAUUUCUCCAUUCUUCUAUAAACAAAUUUUAAUUUCGGCAUUAAAAGUCAAAAAAUAGCUAGAUUUAUCAUACCAAAAAUAAUCGACUACCAAAUAACAGAGAAAAAUUCCUAAAUCAAUAUGGCAAUAUAGCAGCUAUUGAAGAGAUAAAUCUUUUAUCUGAAGAUUAUCCUAGAAAACAGCUCAAAUGCAUAGAAAUCAUGAGGCAUUUAGAUCAUGAAAAUAUAUUGAAUCGCUUCAGUAUACAUUACAAAAAUGAAAAAUACUUUUUGGUGACAGAAUAUUUACUAUGCGAUUUACACGAAGUUAUAUAUUCUAACUGCCCUUUGGAAAAUAAUGAUUUUAAGCUUAUUAUUUAUCAAGUUUUACAAGGAUUAUAUGCUUUGCAUUCAGCUGGGAUUGUGCAUAAUCAUAUUUGCCCACAAGCAAUUUGGAUUAAUGAAGAUUGUGAUGUGAAAUUUGCAGACUUUUGAUUUGCCACAGAAAUAAACAAAGAAUAUAAUGAUAUUAUUACAGAUUGAACAAUUUGUGCUCCAGAAAUAAUCUGUAAGGCCCCAGCUAUAACAGGGAAAGCUGAUAUUUGAAGCUGCGGAUGACUAUUAUAUGAACUUGUAGCCAGGAGGAAAUCAGUUCUUUUAAAGAGAAGCCUUUUCAGUACUUUAAUCGGAAUUAUUUGCAAAAUAGGGAAGCCAAAUGAAGAUGAUAUGUUUUUUGUUGAGGAUAAAUAUUUUAAAAAAUUAUCAUCUUUACAAGCAUCGGAAAGCCAAAAUAUAAUAGAGCAUGAUGAUAAAUUAUUGAUAGAUUUGCUUACUUUAGUGGCCCUUAAAAAUUUAUAUUUAAAUAUAUAAAAAAAAAUUUCGAAUUCAAAAUUAAAAGACUAAAUUUAUUUAUAAAAUGUAUGCUUAGAAAGCAAGUUGUCAAUAAUUUAAUAUAGCUUGAGAUUUCAUUUUAUAAUAAUUUUCUUUAUAUAUUAGUAUAGUUUAUACAAAAUAAUUUUUAUUAAAAAAUUUUAAACUAGCAAAGAAGUUAAUUUUUCUUAAAAUAGAAUCAUUUGUCCGCUAAUUAAGAGUGGUGAGUUAACAAAAUGCUUGCUUUUAACCCAUUAAAAAGAUGAGACGCCGAAAAAUGUCUGCAACAUCCUUAUUUUGAAGAAAUAUUAGAAUAUUUCCCUAUUCCAUCAAAGAUUCCAGACCUAUUUGAUUGGGAUAUAUUGAACAAGAAAAUUCCUAGAGAAGAAAUUCCAAAAAUGGUAGAUCUUUAA